AUGGCUAAUGUUGAAGAUGUAGAGGGUGAAGGGAGUGUUCAAGGUAAUGGACCUCCACAAUUCAAUGAUCAACCUAAUUUUCGAACUCUUAGGGAGUAUCUUCACCCGGCUAGACAAACCUUUGAUUUCUUUGAUCAAUUGGCUGAAAACACAAAGCAAUGGGAGACUUCUCUCCCACUUCAUGUUGAGUCUAGAAACACCAUUUCUCAUUCAAGUGGGAAGUUCCAAUUGAAAGAGACUAAUGACCUCAAUGUUAGAUUAGCCUCAUUGGCUAGGAAAGUAGAGUCUCUUGAGAUUAAAAAAGUGCAUGUAAUGAGUGAACAACCAGAGGAAAGUUGUGUUGUUUGUGAGAGCAAAGGGCAUAGGACAACUGAGUGUCCUACCAUUCCAGCCUUCAAGGAAGUGCUAUAUGGCCAAACUUCUGAUUCAAGUAAUGUUAGAAAGCCAUUUUCAAACCAAGUAGGCAAUCCCUACUCUGAGACCUACAAUCCUGGAUGGAGGAACCACCCAAAUUUUGGAUGGAGAAAUGAGGGCUCUUCAGUACCUCAAACAUUUCAACCUCCACCCCAACCAUUUCAUGCUCCCACACAUAACACAUACCAACCACCUCAUAAGAGAUCCAUAGAGGAUACUCUUCAACAAUUCAUGCAAACACAAGGAGGAAUCAACAACCAAGCUUACAAAUUUCAAGACCAGACCAAUAGGACCUUAGAUGACAUUCGAAGUCAACUAACCAAGUUGACUCAAUCACUAAGCAUUCAAGAGAAGGGAAAGAUUCCAGCUCAACCAAUGCCAAAUCCUAGAGGUCAGGUACACAUGAGUGAAUCCUCAUCUAGUGAACCUUCAAACCAUGAACAAGUCCAAGCCAUCACUACCCUUAGAAGUGGAAAGAUUGUUGACAAAGCUAUAGGUUUUGAGAUUCCUAGAGGUAUUGUGGAGGAGAAAUCUAAGGAAAGUGAAAAGGAAAUCAAAACACAAGUGACAAAUGAGAGCUUGAGUGACAAAGAAGGGAAACCUAAACAUGAUCUUAUGAACUCAGAAAUCUAUGAAUUGUUCAAACAAGUGAAAGUCAACAUUCCACUCCUUGAUGCAAUUAAACAAGUCCCAUCUUAUGCAAAGUUCCUUAAGGACUUAUGCACAGUCAAAAGGAGAUUGAAUGUGAAAGAAAGAGCCUUUCUAACUGAACAUGCUAGUGCCAUCAUCCAGUUUAAGACCCCUCCCAAAUACAAAGAUCCUGGUUGUCCUACUGUUUCAUGCAUUAUUGGAAGUCAUAAGAUAGACCAAGCUUUGUUGGAUUUAGGAGCAAGUGUGAAUUUGAUACCCUACACUGUUUACGAACAGUUAGGUUUAGGAGAAAUCAAGCCUACUCGAAUCACCCUUCAAUUAGCUGAUAGGUCAAUCAAGAUUCCCAGGGGUAUUGUUGAGGAUGUGUUGGUCCAAGUAGAUAAAUUCUACUUUCCUGUUGAUUUUGUAGUGCUAGACACCGCACCAAUUCAAGGUUCUAAUGCUCCCAUCCCAGUCAUCUUAGGUCAAUGGACCCCAUCGUUUGAGCCUUUGAUUUCACCCCAAGUGAAAGCUGAGGCAUCUCUUGUCCAACCUUAUAAACCAGAAAGGAAGCCUUUACCAAGUGAUCUUAAAAUCUAUCUUGAAGAAGAGGCUAAAACUGUGAGGCAAAUGCAAAGACGAUUGAACCCAAACAUGAAGGAAGUAGUAAGAGGUGAAGUGCUUAAGCUACUUGAUGCAGGUAUCAUUUACCCCAUUGCAAACUCAAAAUGGGUACCGUUUCCUACAUUGGCUCUCCAUGGUAUGCUGACAUAG